UUUCACGAACCUGACUGCGUUUAGUCUGUUUUCUGUUCUCUCGCUAGUUCUCGAAGCCUUUGCCACCUAGGCCUGGUCCCGGGGAUGUAGGCCUCGUCCUUCGUAAACACCAUUAGUUCCUGCAUUCUUGCUGUGUCCUUCGGCGCCGAGAGGAAGGAAGCAGUUUUUCUUCUUUGCUUUUUAAGUUUGAGAGACUUAUGUUGCAUUCCUCUAGAAUGUAAUAGAUACCCGAUAAAUCACUCGUUGUGUUAUAUGCUGUUUGCAGUAACCAGACCGGUUUUAGUCAGAGAAGUUAACGUCCCUAGAGCCCUGUGAGCCAAGAUGAUGUACAGUAGGCAUCUCCGGUGAUUUUUCCUCGUCUCUUAUGUCUUUGUGUAGCACUGACGAAGUUACCAGUCUUCAGUUUGAUCAGCAAAAUUAGUCUAGUUUUAGCAGUGCCAAGGGUUUUGAGACACAUAGUACAACAACGUAUAAUUUAGAUUUGCUAUAGCUUAUUGCAGUUUACUUCAAAGUAGUGUGGAUGUGGGAAAAUUGAUGUCAGCUUUCGUUUUCUGUACACAGCAGAAAAUUUGGAGUAAGUUUGAUGGUGUAAUUGUAUUAUUAUUUAGGGAAAACGAACAGGGCAGAGUUUUCUGGAAUUACUGUUUUCUGAAAACCUUUUAUUUAAAAUGCUUUCAGCUUUAUUUCAUCUGUUUUCUACUUCCCCAAACGCACUUCUUAUUUCUUGGAUGCUCUACUGUGUGGUUUCCAAUAACUUCUUGAACUGAGCUGAGAAGAGAUUGGAUAGACAUUUGAAUUCAGUUGAAUUUCGCUUACCUUCUUUUGGCAUCCAUUUUGACGGACCAUUAUCUUGUACACAGUUAUGAUGUAGGCAUUAAACAUUCCAGAAGCUCAGCCGUCUCAUUUGUAACAUAAAAUCAUAUACUGAUAGCUCGGUUUAAUAAAUCUGUCUCUGACUAUAGAGCUGAAAAACAACAAUAUUAAUAUAGAUAUAUGACCUGUAAGCUGAGCCUGAGCAAAUGAGUUACACUGAGAUGGGUUCUUUCUGGAGAAAAAGGAAAAGAAACUGUCAUGUUCUUUCUUAAUCCCAUAUCAAGUCCUGAUUCCCUCUGAUUUGGAAAGAAAGUCUUGUAAUUAUAAAUUACAUUCUAGCGCUGAGGAGCACAUCUAAGAAAUUUUCUCUUCAUUAAGAGUGACUGGAUUACUGCAGAAUGACUACAGAAGUAAUAUUACAUUAUCGACCAUAUGAGAAUGAUCCCACACAACUGUCAAAAAUUGCAGAGAAAGCACUUCAAGACUUUCCUACACGUCCACUAUCAAGAUUUAUUCCUUGGUUUUCUCAUGAUGGGUCCAAACUUCCACUCAAACCUAAAAGAUCACCACCUGUGAUUUCUGAAGAGGCAGCUGAAGAUGUGAAACUGUACUUAACCAUUUCAGAACAUGAUGUUAAAUCACAGAGUUACGAUUGCACAAUAGAUCUUUUGGAAUUUCAACCUAAUUUAAAAAAAGAAAAGCACUUAAUCCAGUCAUACACACUGAAUGAACAGACUAAUUCUGGAAAUCUAGAUAAGCAGUCAGAAAAGGGAAGACAGCAUAAGAAGAGGUUUUGGAGUGUUUCACUUCCCAAUAGUAAUUGCACUGAAAAUAUUUUUCCUUUGUCUAAAAAAUUGCAAGAUAGUUUAAAGGCACUGAAUUUGCAUUCACUUUAUAGGGCAAGAUGGACUAUAGAGCACACUAUUUGUAACAACCAAACUCUGGAAGACAUUUGGGCAAAACUCAAUCAAAUUAUCAGGCACAAUGAACUUCCAUCUUGUAAUGCUACAAUUCAGAGACACUUAGACCAAAUAUGGGUGUUCUGUGAUAUUAUGUACUGUGAAUAUGUGGGAAAUCUUCUUAAAGGUAGAUUAGCUCUUACUGGGAAAAUGAAUUUAUGUGUACGUAAAUAUGGUGUUAUUUUUAGUAUGUAAUGAAUUCCACUGAUUGUGAAAGAGAAGAAUAUCCUGAAUGAACUGUGAUCUGAAAUCAAUAAAUUUUUAUGAGUUUUUAAA